CGGAUUCUCACGCGAGAAAUGCCCCUCCUGCUCAUCCACCACGUCGGCAUCUGCUUUCUCUGCAUCAUCUUCUAUGUGAUCUCCUCGCUGCUGCAGCUGCCGACAUCCAGCCUUGCCGCAUCACUACUGCUGGCAGCCAGACACAGACACCCACACAGACAUGCACAGCGGAGGCAAAACGGUGAGCGACAAUCAGCACACAACGGCAUUCAUGAUCCUUCUCGUCUCGUGUCGUGUGUGCAGGUGCGGGUGGUGUGCCUUCGGCAGCGCAGAUCUAUCGCUGGCUGGCGGGCAAGAAAGGAGCUCGCGGCAGGGACGAGUCGAACAAGCCGAUGAGGGGCAAGGUGGUCAUCGUCACCAAUGGACACGCCGGACUGGGGUGAGUGGCUGGGUGGAUGGCUGGAUGGAUUGGUGGAUGGAUGAGAUCCAUCCAUCGUGUGGUUGGUUCGUCUGUCUGUCUGUCUGUGUGUUUAUGUAGGUUUGACACGGCUGUUUCGUUGGCGCGUCAGGGAGCCCAUGUGGUAGGUAGCCACAUGUCCUUGAUGGAUGGAUGGAUAGAGAUCGAUGGAUGUGUGGAUGCUCUGACUCACUCACUCUUCCAGGUGCUCGGUUGUCCUUCGCAUGAGGAGGGCCAGAGAGCUACGCGGCGAAUAAAGAGGUCAGUGACCGAAGAGAACCGAACCAGUCCACCCACCAGCACCCACAUGUGUUAUGCAUGGAUUGCAGCAUCAUCACGCGAGAAACGCCACCUCCGCCAAAAGAAGACCCCUCCCCCCCUCUGCCCUUCCUCCGCCCCCCGCGCCACCCACCCUGUCGGGCCGAGUACAUCUACCUCGACCACGCCUCCCUCCCGUCAGCACGGGCCUUCGCAGGCGCCUUCAGGAGCCGGUUUCGGCGGCUGGAUGCGCUGAUAUGCGUCAACAAGCCGUUCAGGCACCGGGAGUGGUGCAACAGGGGGGAGGGGGGGUAUGUGGAGCACCAGGUGGUGCCUUUCGCUCUCACCGGCCUGUUGUUCCCCUGCUUGAAACGGACCGGUUAGCAGUGGGCCACACACACAGAGAGGGAGGGAGGGAGGGAGAGGGGAGAGGGUGUGUAUGUGUGUGUGUGUGUGUGUGUGUGUCAGGUCGGUCCUACGAGCCAUCCCGCGUCGUGUGGACGACCACCAACGGGCAGAUGUUCGCCACAGACAGACUGCAAGACCUGCUUGACGUCGCACACAGAGUCAGCCCCCCACCCACACCCACACAGCCACACGGAAACGCACUUAGAGGCACGACGUGUGUGUGUGUGUGUGGUUGCAUGAUGCAGUGCUCUCUAUUGGGCCGUGCUGAGCAUUUUGCCUCGGUCUUCAGCGCAUUACUGAGCCCCGACAAUGAGCUGGCCGCCGCAAAUUCCUCCCCUUCCCCCUCGCCCCCACUGCAUUCGUGGGAGGCCUUCACACGCGCCAAAGCGAGCAACGUCGCUUUCUCUGUCGAGUUCAACCACCGGCUCCGGAAGCUGCCCCUGCUGGUGCGGCUGCUCUCGCCCACGUCCACCCCCCUCCCCCCCAGAAUGGUGGCCGUCACGUGCAACGCGGGCCUCGGCUGCCACCUGCUCCCCUCCCAGCUCACCAAGAGCGACAGGUUCCUGUCAUCUCUGUUGGUGCCGUGUGUGAAGGCCGGGAAGCACGGCGUGGCGACGCUUGUGCGAGCGGUGACUCACGCGCAUCCGGCGAGGGAGCUGGGCGACUACAUGGGCCCCAGUGGGUGGAUGGCUUUGCAGCUGACGGGGAGGGCUGGAAGGCUGGAGCCGGCCGGAGUGGUCAAGAGGGACAAGUGGCGGGGCAAGGUGUGGCGGAUUUGUGAGCGGAUUGGCAGGGUGCGGCUGCUGUGAAGCAUGUGUGGCUGCUUAGGGAGACAGACAGACAGAGGACACACACGAGUGGGAGGCGGUGAGGGGUGGAGUACGUCGUACGAGUGUGUGCAUGUCACCCACCCACCCACCCAUCGAUGCGCUGUGAUGCGAUGCGGGUGUGGUGUGGUGUGUGUAGUAAGUAUGGCUAUAGUGAGUGUUUUGCUGCUGGCUGGCAAUGAGAUCAAUGAGAGGCGAUGCGAUGCGAUGCGAGGCGAGAUGAUGUGUAAAUACUGCAUACCUACCCUUAUUUGUGAUGGAUGCGACGCAGGCCGGCAGGCAUGUGUAGAACAGCUAGAGAGAUGCCAUGAAGGCAGGCAAGCUGUGUUUUGAUAACGGGUCGACGGAUGGCUCGAUGGAUGGUUUGGCUGCAUGAACGGCGAGAUGGAUGACUGAAAGGCCAUGAGCAGCCAGGAGAAUGGAAUGAGAGAGAGCAACAGACUUAAGACAUCAACACGCGAGUCAAUGUCAACGUGUAAGACAGUCG